AGGAAGGGAAGAUGCAACUGUUCUUUCUUAGGGAUCCUUAAAGACUGAUUAAUCGGAGAGCGAUCACUGCCCAGGCAAUUAAGGAAAAUAUUUUUGGAAAGGCAGACAUCAGAAGCCGAGCAGAGUAGAAGUUUCUACCCACCACUUAACUGUGUGUCUCAUCAGAUCAGCUCUCAUUCUGCACAAAAGCUGCCCUACUCAAAAGCACUGCUCAUUUAGAUGUAGUCAGGAGCACCAACACUGUCGCUCAUUAUAGACGAGUCAUACGUGUGUAGCAGGCAGCCUCUGAUACAUUUCUACAGCUAAAAUAGUUGACACCUAUAAAAAUAUCUAUUUAUAGUCUAAUAAUGUGCUGUCCAGUAAGGUAGCCAUUGGCCUUUUGUGGUUUUAAGUCUAUUCAAAUUCAAAUUUAAAAAUUCAGUUCUUCAGUCACACUAGGCGUAUUUCAAGUGCUCAAAAGCCACACGAGGCUAGUGACUACUGUAUUGGACAGUGCAACCUAAGAACAUUUCCAUUACACACAGUUCUAGGGGACAGCGCUGGUCUAGAAGGUGUCUUCAAAUUGUGUUUUUUGUAGAGGCAUGGGGAAGCCCCACACUUCCACAUUCUGGGAAGGCAGCACCUCCCUACCCACGGGCAUAUAUGUAGUCACUAAUGGUCUCACUGACGUUGGCACUUCUUCCUAGUUCCUUAAAUCUGUAGAUCUUUAACACACAUCACACUCAAUAAACUCUGUUUUAGCCCUCCUCCCUCCUCUUUGCCGAUGAGGAUGUGGUUCCUCGUGGUAGGCUGUUCCUCUAAUCCGGUGAAAAUGUCCAGCUCUCCUCACCAAGUAGAGCUGUUCUGGAAACCUGACUUCUAGAAGUGUGACAAACAAGCUUUAAUACGAAGGGGGUUGUAUCUAUUUGUGCUGUUGAGUCACUGAAUUGACUGGAAGGAUUGUGGGGGGGGGGAAACAAAUGAAAGCCGCAUACAAUUGUUUCUAUUAGAGAUUUUGCUAUUUUAGAAUUAGCUUGUCAAAAAUAAGUCACUAGAUGAAUUGACGGUGGAGCAAUUUAGUGCUGGGAAGAUGCCUUUAUCAGGAGAGAUUUGAACUUCUAGUGGUUUAUCCUGAAUCAGAUUCUGCUUUGUUUUCUUGCAGAAAGAUUAACUUCGCCUCAUUUUAAAGCUUUACUUUUUUUAAUGGAGGCAAAAAUAAACAAAUCUCUCUAUUCUAGGCCUUUUUCGUUCCCCUAAGAUAUCACAAAAAUACCUUUGAUGUUCUAUUUUUGCUGGGAAGCAGCCAGACCUUUUAGACAUUCCUGCACCCACGGGACAACUAUGAUCCGGUCAGAGAUCAGGAAGAGCAUGAAAGCCGCAAAGCUUUUGGUUGAAGAUGCCGGGAGAUGUGAACCCAAAGCGUGAUGGGGGAAACCUAAAUUUAAAAAAGACCCUCAGCGUGACAGCACAGAAGUCCUCAACGAAUGUGACCUUCGUACACCCUACAGCGCCACCAGAGAGCCACGUGUUCUUGCCUUUAACCCUCGCACAUCCAGAAAGUACCCGAGUACACUACCUCUGCACCCCCGCCCCAAACCCAGCUUGUAGAAAUCUGGAGCCGAGCCGCCGGACGGAUCUCCAGCCGCAUCUGUGCCGAGCCGGUACGGAGCCACGGGACCGCAGGCCCGGGCCGGGGACCUAUCUGAUUUGUAUCCACUGUGAUCAGCACUCUCACUUAGGACUUUCCUGAUCCAGAACUCCAGAGUAACCAGACUCCUCACAAGAAGGAGAUUAUAAUUUUGGAUUCCUUGGUGGAGGAAAACAAAAC